UGAGAUCUUCUGGUCGCCCCUGCUCAGCUGAACCCGCAUGUCAAACUCUUUUCCAGUUAAAACUCCGCGGUUCGGCCGCGGCUCCUGUUGGGGUCUCAGCCUCCAGGGAGGGCGGGCAGAGCUCUCCACAGCGCCGCCCUCCCUCUCCUCCAGCCCGGCUGCCUCUCCUCCGCGCUGCGCCGCUCCGGACCGGCUGCUUCCUCCUCCUUCCUCUAGAUUUCUGUCAGAUUCUUUGCUUUUUGUUGUUGCUGUGGGGGAUUUUUCUUCUUUCGGUUCCUGAAUGGAGUCGUCCCGACAGGAUUCGGUGACUGACGCGGUAAGGAGUCGCUCGCAGCCCGGUGAAGCCGCCGCGGAGACCCCGCUCCCCGCAGCGGGCAGGACGCACAGCCGCUCCGACUCCUCCGGGUCCAGUCAAAGCAAAGGUUUGUCAGCAGCUGUGAAGAAGACGCACGCUUCUCAGAUUGAGAUCAUCCCCUGUAAGAUCUGUGGAGAUAAAUCCUCAGGGAUCCACUAUGGCGUCAUUACCUGCGAGGGCUGCAAGGGUUUCUUCAGGCGGAGUCAGCAGAGCAACGCCUCGUACUCGUGUCCGCGGCAGAAAAACUGUCAGAUCGACCGAACGAGCCGGAACCGCUGCCAGCACUGUCGCCUGCAGAAAUGCCUGGCUGCUGGCAUGUCCAGAGACGCCGUGAAGUUCGGCCGCAUGUCGAAGAAGCAGCGGGACAGUUUGUACGCCGAGGUCCAGAAGCACCGGCUCCAGCAGCAGCAGCAGGCGCCCAGCCGGACCUCCCUCAGCGUCGGCAGCCCCAGCCCGGACGAGGCCGAGCCGCCGUCCCCCCCGUACACGCUGUGCUCCGCGGGCCUCACGGACCCGGAAGACGACCCGGCCUGCUACACGGACAGGACCUCACCAGACGGAGUAUCUCUGACCGCCAAGGCAGAGUCGGGAGCAGGAGACACAAGAUGUGGAGGUUUCUACCUGGACAUCCAGCCGUCUCCGGACCAGUCCGGACUCGACAUCAACGGAAUCAAACCGGAGCCGCUGUACGACUACGGACACGGCGACGACUUCUUCCCUUACUGCUCCUUCAGCAACGGAGACGCUUCUCCAACCCUGACCUUGGCCGAACACGAUCACUUGGCUCAAAUCAUCUGCAAGUCUCACCUGGAGACGUGUCAGUACCUGAGGGAGGAGCUGCAGGAAAUGAGCUGGCAGAGUUUCCUGCAGGAAGAGGUGGAGAAAUAUCAGAACAAGCCACAGGAGGCGAUGUGGCAGCUUUGUGCGGUGAAGAUCACAGACGCCGUCCAGUACGUGGUGGAGUUCGCCAAGCGCAUCGACGGCUUCAUGGAUCUCUGCCAGAACGACCAGAUCGUGCUGCUGAAAGCCGGAUCUUUAGAGGUCAUCUUCGUACGAAUGUGUCGGGUUUUUGACUCCCAGAACAACACCGUCUACUUCGAUGGGAAAUUUGCAAGUCCUGACGUUUUCAAAUCAUUAGGCUGCGAUGAUUUGAUCUCGUCGGUGUUUGACUUCGCUCAGAGCAUGUGUUCGCUGCAGCUGACCGAGGAAGAGUUCGCCCUCUUCUCCGCGUUCGUUCUGCUCUCUGCAGACCGGUCGUGGCUGCGGGAGAAGCUGCAGGUGGAGAAGCUGCAGCGGAAAACCGAGUCGGCCCUGCAGCACGUCCUGCAGAAGAACCGCAGAGACGACGGAGUUCUGGAGAAGCUGCGGUGCAAGGCGUCGGCGCUGCGCGCUCUCUGCGGCCUCCACUCGGAGAAGCUCGCGGCGUUCAGAACCGUCUACCCGGACGCGGUCCGAACGCUCUUCCCUCCGCUCUACAAGGAGCUGUUUGCUGCCGACCUGGACGGGACUCUGCACUGAACGCCAGAACCAGUCCGGUCCCAGCAGGACUAAUCCUGAGGAAUCUGAUUUUAUGGUUGCACUACUGCACUGAUCCGGGAGCAGCAGCACCCUGGAGGUUCUGGUGCUGGAAACAUGUGGACUACUGCAGGACUGCUGACUCGCACCGCGCUGACUGAGCAAUAACGUCCGAGCUACUGAUUCAUCCUGAAACUCAGGCUUUUAUACAGAAAACCCAGUUUCUUGUACAGAUUGUUAAGCGGUUUUAGUUUCUUUCUCUCUCCGUAUCGAAGUUCAGCUGGAGGAGAUUCAUUUUCUCCAGCUGAAAUUUCUCUGCUUUUGAGUUUCAAAUCCCUUUUGAUGCAAAUCCAGGCAAAAAUAAAUCCCAGAAAUGACACUAAGCUCAUUUAUUUACCUGAUGGAUAUUUUAUAAAACCUACUGAACCUGGUUUCAUGUUCGGCUUUGAGAUUCUGUUUCCUCGACUCCAUAAUUAACAGCAAUAUUUAGCCAAGAGAGAAAAACAGGGGUUCAUUUUUCAAAGUUAUAUUUUCUCCAUUUUAUUCAAUCAUUUUUAAAUGUCACAGUUUGCCUUGAACUAAAUAUUUACUUCAUAUAGUUAGUUUGCUAACUAAAAAUUUAGCUUACGCUUCGCUGAGUGUUUAGCUAACGCUGAGCUAAAUGUCUCUAGUUAGCUACUUAAAAAUCAUGCUAAAGUUGGCUAACUACUUAGCUACCAUAAGCUAAAUAUUUAAUUAGUAAUCUAAGUAGCUAACGCAGAACUAGCUAACUGUUUAAAUCAGAGCUACGUACAUAUUUAGCCACCAAGCUAAAUAUUUAGUUUGAAGUUAAUUUAGUUAGCAAAUAAAUACUUAGCCUAAUUAAAUAUUUAGUUUGAAAAUGUGACAUUACAGAGGAAAUAUAUAAGUGAGUGAAAAACAUGAUGACUGAUUGUUAGCAGCUGAAAAUGUCCAAAACAGCUUUCCGUAGAUCAGCAGCCAUGUUGUUCAAAGAUGCAGCUGCAAGAGUGAAGAACGAAUUUUCCCUCCACUUUUCUAAAAAUGUUUUCGCAUAUUCAAAAUGUUUAGCAGUUAAAUAAAUAGGUUUUGUGUCAUAGUUGCAAAUCUUUUAGUGUAAAACAACAAAUUAAUCUGAAAACCAGGAAUUUACUAAUAUUUUUAAUGUUUUUGAUCAUUUGGCAUUAUUCAUUUUCAUACAAAACUCCUCCUAAAAGUGUUUAAAUAUUUCUAGAUGAGGUUAAAGUUCACACAACCUUUCAGUUAUGAUGCAAAAGCUGCAACGAUUAUAAAGCAAUAAACUCCAACCUGGAUUGUUUUCUGGUAAAAAUGUUUAAAAGAUAAAAAUAUUGUCUAGUUUUAAAUAAUCUUUGUGGUAAGGAUUAAAUGUGUACUUUUAUAGAUUUUUAAUAGGUUUUCAUCCAUCCCAGCUGUUCCAACACAGAGCAGAUCCAGAGUUUUAUUUAGGUAAUUUAAUAAACUGCAUUUCUGACUAAAUAUUUAUCUAAAUAUUGAUGUCCAAACUAAUCCAGGUUCCAGGUUAAAUCCUCAGAAAUGCUCAGAUUUGAGUCAAAAUGAACUCAAGCAAAUGUCUUCUUCCAUUUUCCACAAAUAUUCAGGUGAAUAAAUUAUGAUGUCAUAAAUGUUUUAUUUCAGUAAUCAAAAAGUUUAUUUCUGUUCAUUUCAGUGAUUCUGACAAUUGAUAAAAAAAUUAAAAUAUUACACCUAACAGUUUUCAAGGAUUUCUCUGUUGAAAGCAACGACAAAUUAUUAGCAGGAAAUUGUUUUUUUCUCUAAAUGCUUGUGCAUUAAAAGUAAACUUUUUUUUAAGAAAUAUUGAAAUCAAGCAAAUUUAUUUUAUAUUUACUGCAGGCCUGCAGACAGCAGCAGCAAACCUGCAGCGCCCCCUGCUGGAACUGAAGUGCAACAUCAAUAUUUCCUCCUCAUUUGAUCAUUUUUCAGUUUAAUUUGUAAAUCAUUCUUUCAUUUAGGUUUUCUGUUGAAUCAAAAACAUGCAGCAUCUCUCCACUCAGGUCAAUAGUUUUACUAGCAAUAUAUGAAAAAUAAGCUGUAAGAAAAAAUUAUAUUUUAUAAUCAGUAAACAUCACCUGUGAAAUAUUCAAUAAAUUAUAAAUAUUUCUGAUUUUUUGGAUGCAUAUACUAUUUAAACCUAAACUAGGAUCAAAACAUGAAAGUCCAGAUUCUUCUUUGUUGGUGGUUAAGGAACGUCUUAAACAGGAUUUUAAAUUUUAAAUCUUCUGAAUAUAAAAAAGCGUAUUUAAAUUAAUUUGCACUUUCUCUAAACCUACAUACAUCCACAGAACGAGUCACUUUGUUCCAUUAUGAUUUCAUUUGUAUGUAAAAUAAUCCAAAUUAACACUGAAGGUAGAGAGAUUCUUUAAACGAGUAAAGAUUCAAAACUCACAUAAUUCCACCAAACUUUUACUUUUAGAAAAUUAUUCAAUUUCUGUAAAGUCAUUUUUUUAACCUUUAAGGAUAAGAUGCACUCUGGCUUAUAGAGAAUUUAAGAGGUUGAGUUUUUGGUGUAAAUCUAAGUGUCUUUUUUUCUGUCUAUAGUGGCCCAAAUACGCUGUUGUGCAUUUUUUAAAGAAAAUGUGACCCAGAUUCUGAUUUUACCCAGUUUGUAAAAUCCUAAAAGAUUUUACAAACUGGAUGUUUUUCUUUGAUACGGCAAAUAAAUCCAAAAUGAUUUAUGAAUCCCUUUCUUGCAAAAGGAAAAAAAAGAACUACUUGCAGCUAUGCAUUAAACUAUUUUUUUUUUAAAUCACAAUAUAACUUUCAAAACCUGUAUUAUUUAAUAGGUUAUAUCAACAUAUGUUCAAUAUAUUUUCAAAAGUUAUAUUGUUAUAUUUAUAAACUAAAACCAAGUCUUAAACUUUUGAAACUCAGAUAUUUCCCGGGUUUUAAAAUAGAAAAUUAAAACAUUUUCUAGCAAAUUUUUAACUUUUCAAACUCAGAAAUUUUGAGUUUUUUUGGCAAAAAUUAACUUUUCAUUUCUCUGUCUACAAUGGUCCAAAUACACCACUGUAAAUACUUGCUAUAAACGCUAAUCAAUGAAAUAAAAGACUCCCAAAGUAAGUUUGUGACACAUCUAAUUGCUUGUUAGCAUAACUAGCUAAUCAGCUAACUGAUGCAUUUAUCCGGACGAGGUGAAAACGAGUUGCUGAAACUCAAACUGAGCUUCAGAACCAGAAAGAACAGAAAAUAACGUGACUUUAAAUGCAGCACGAUUGGUGAUAUGUGAUCAGGAUAGGGAAGUCAAAGGCUAAAUUCAUAACAGCUUUGAAAAAUGUUGGUCGGUGCAACAUUAAGAUGGCAGAAAUUUGGCCUAACCAACAUGAAAGCAAAUAUUUAUGCUGCCUUAUAUCAAAGCUGGUGGUGGCAGUGUAGUGCUGUGGGGAUAUUUUCUUGGCACACCUUUAGGUGGUUUAAUAUCAGCUGAUAUUAUUUAACUCCCUUUCUGUAUGAGAAAUCCAAACCUACGCGUCACAGAGCUCAAAUCAUCUCAAACCGGAUUCUUGAACAUGAUUUAACCAUUAUCAAAUGGUCAAACGGUUAUUUUCCACUAUUAAAGUGGUAAAUAACUACUUUUCCAAUGAAAAUUAAACCUUUAAGAAGAUCUAAAAGAGGGAAAAAACAUAUUUUCUACACACAGAUGAGGAUUUGCUGCUAAAAUAGACCCUCUGCACAGCAGUAGAGCUAAAACAAAACGUUAGCUUCUGUCCUGUACUAAAAGACAAAACUCAAAUUCAGAUAUCUGGGUUUUAUUUGCUGCUUUUUGUUAAUUGUUGUGUUUAUUUAUAAUUCAGUUUCGACCCAGUCAGUUUAUGAAACAUGAUUUAAAAUGCCUUUAACAAACAGCUAAGUGAUGUAAUCGUCAUUAUUUGCAGAAACUUUGCAUAAUCUCAGAUAAAAACAGACAGAUUAAAGUUUAUCUCAUUGUGUGACUAAAUUAAACAUUGUCCAAACAUAAAUGUAUUCUCUGAUGUGCUAUUUUCAGCUAAGUUAUAAAGUUGUGUUGACCUAGCUUCACCUAACAUGCUAGCAAACAGCUACACUAAACAGUUACGGUACCUUAUCAGCUUAUUGCGUUUUUAUUUAUUUUACAACUUGGCCAUUAAAACUUUAAAUUGCAAAAAAUAAAGCAUAAAUAUAUCUUCAGUAGGCCACCAUGCAGAUGCUGUGCUGCUAAUUCAAACCACAGAACUACAGGUGAGCUAGGUUAGCAUGUAGCAGCUAGCUAACUGAAAAAGAGACAAAUUUUGAACUUCUUUCAUAUAAAUUAUUGUAAACUGAAAAUCCUGAGUUUGAAGGAUGUUGUGUGUACAUAAAUAUAUUGAUAAAGAAUAACUUUGUGCCUGUUUUAUACAUAAAAAAAGAUUGCUGCUAGCAUUUUUAGCAGGCAGCAUUCAGGCAUCCAUCCAGUUCAGGUGGCCAGUUUGUGUGUUUUUAAAUAAAUCCAGUUGGUGUUCGAAGUUGUUGGCUUUUAUAACAGUGGAAGUUAACAACAAUCCAGAUAUUUUAAGGUAAUAUUUGCAGUUUGAUGUUCUAAAAAUAGAACAUAAAUUAAUUAGAUAAGGUCCCAUUUGGAGCUUUGAUAAGAUUAUAUUGAUCGGUAAUUGCCGGGACGCUGGCCACAUUUCCCUCCUUUCUCCGUCUGACUCCGGCCAACAGCAUGAAUAUAAAAUUGCCUCGCAAAUAAUUCCUGACACUUGGAAUACACAACCCAACAAAUGAUGCAUUCCAAAUAGUUCAUUAUGAUAUUAAUUAUGUAGCCUCACAGGUCCAAUAAAGAAGAAAAAUGGAUUUAUGAUUUCUCCUGUAAGCUCUCAGCCAUUAAAAGCAAAGGUCAAUCAAAAAUACAUUUAAGUGCAUUUUAAGAAAUGUCACCCCAGUGGGUGCAGUCAGCUCCAUUAACAAAUAAAACAAGCAGAAAAAAUCCACUCAGGAUUUAGGCGGCGCAGUUCAUCAGGGAGAUAUUGUCGCUUUGUGCAAUAUUAAAGUUAUCAAGAUUUUCUUAGCUGCAUUUCUCCAACAUUUCUUACUAAGUUCCACACUUUGGGCCAAAGGUGUCCAAAAGAUUUUUCUUCUACUUUUUCAACAAUAAACUAAGCAUGCAAUACUUUAACUAAAAUAUACAGUAGUCAGAUUUGUUGUUAGAAGAGCAUAAAUUUAAUUAUUCUAGAUGAAAAAUUCACGUUCAGCUUAUUAAAAGUAAUUUUGCAGUUUAAUCAAUCAGUAAAAUCAGGGUUUUGUUUUUUUUAAAUGCUUGCUGUGAUCAGCCAACUUUAUUAAAUUGAUUAAAAGUCACUGAUCCCUGCAAGAACAUGGAAAAAGUGUUAUUAUUCAAAGAAAUAAAUUGUGAUGUUUCCAAUAUUUUCUACCUUAGGAAGAUUUUCCUUUGUGAUAAUUAUGUCCUAAUUAAAAAUAUAGAGUCGCCAUUUAUUGGGGGCCGAAUUUGGAAAAUUCUUGAACUGAAGUCGGAGGGCCGCACAUGAUCAGCCCUGGGGCCACAAAUGGCCCCCACACCACACCUUGAACCCCCCUGGUCCAGACAAAGGAUGGUCCUUGUUAGCGUUUUAUCUUUCUGAUUAUUCAGGUUGGGUUUUACGGCCAGAUGUGAACGUUUGUGUUAAAACUUUCCACUUAUGCAGAAUUCAUUUUAUUAAAUGCAAAUUAAAGUAUCAGAUUUUCCUAAAACAGAACAAAACAAAUGUAUAAAGCUCAGAUAGUUUGGAAAUGAAAAGUCAACCACGUUUCAAAUGUUUUUCUUAAAAAUAAUGACAUUUUAACCACGACUGAAUGUCAAACAUCUGAAUUUGCCACUUUUUGUUUUCUGUGAAAAUUUUUACUAAUCAUAAUUUAUUUUAUGUUGUUUAUGAGGACAGUUUUUGUAGUUUACUGAAACUGUAAACUCAUCUUUUGUUAUCAGGGUAUUAAUUUAACUACAUUAUGUUGUAUGUUUUAUUACUAUCUAAGGCAAUAAAGGAAAAAACAACUGA